AGUAAUAAGCAGUACGUAUGCACAUAUAAAUGUGUAAGCUUACUAUUAGCCAAACAACUAUAACUUAAAGAUACAUAUUCAUAGUUGGUGUACACCGUAGGUGAAAUUUCAAAACUAAGGUAAUCAAUCCAGACGGACGGACGAAAAAAUUGGUUUCGUUUAAUCAUCAAAUACUACGAAGGGAAGACAAAUUUGAAACUGACUAAGUUGGCUCUUAAUUUUUUGUGACUUUCUACCUCGCCAACAAUAACGGACAACCUCCACCAGCAACAAUUACCCUCAAUUCCUAUGUACCAUGUCCCCCAGUUACACCUUGUUGCUCGUCUUGGCCGGAACAAUAUACGUCUCUGUUGCAUAUUUUAUAUCAAUGAAAGAAUUUUCUAUGACUCGACAUCCCAAAAUCAAAUUUGUUCCUCCAGCCAACGCCAAAACUAUCAUUUCCUUUGAAGACAUCACUUCUCACGCGCUGAUAAUCGACUCAAAUGGCGGGUUGGGAAAUCAACUCUUUAAAUAUGCGUGUGGUUACGGCCUAUCGCAAAAAUGGGGCGUUCCCCUCUACGUAAAUGCUGCCCGAGCUGGACGAAAUUUAUACCUUGACCGAUUUUCCAUUACUAAUCUCACCUUCGUGAAAAACGUAACUUCGCGUCCAAAUUUCCACACGUUCAACGACGAGGACAUCGUUUUCCAUACAAUCACCCCGGACUUAAUAGAGACCAAGAUUCUCCGCCAUUUUGAUUACUGUCAGUCCGAAUUGUUCUGGAGACCGGUGAAGGAGGACAUUUUGAAAAUGUUCGAAAUCAAAGAGAUGGAUCAUUUUGGCCGGAAUUUUGCAGAUUGGCGAGAUCUCGUCAAUUCAAAAAAUUCUACCUCGGUAGCGGUGCACGUAAGGAGGGGAGACUUCAUUCAAGGGGAAGCCAAACAUGGCGGGUGGAUCACUCCGAUGAAGUUCUUCUACAUGGCGAUGGAAAAAAUGAGACAGAUUUUACAAAAAAGAGAAAACAAGAUCAAAAUCGCAUUUUUCAUAUUUUCCGACAGUUUAGAUAUGGUUAGUGAUGAAAUGCUGGGGCAAAAUGAUACUGAUGAAAAGGAACUGGUGACAUUGAGAAAAAGUAUAAAAUCGGGCGGGAUAUCGGUCCACUUUGUGAAUUCGUCCAGCUCAAAGGGCGACUCUACUUUGCAGGAUCUCGCCCUUAUGACGGAGUGCAAACAUAUGAUCGUUUCCUUUAGUACGUUCAGCUGGUGGGGGGCGUAUCUGAUAAAAAAUCCGGAUAAGGUGAUUAUUCGACCGACAACAAAUCCAAAAUUUUUUGAACAGUAUGCUCCGCUGGGCGCGGGGAAACAAAUGUUUAAGACGAUUAUUUUAGGGAAAUAUUGGUAUCCCAAGGAUUGGAUUGAAAUUAAUCCGUUCAAGAAAUAAUUAUUCUGUUUACGAGGUUAGCUUUUACGGAGUAUUCAUGAAUAUAAUGUAAAUCAAGGGAAUUAGUUUGAAUAAAUGAAAAUCAUUUUUCCUAGUGAGGUGAAAUCAUGAA